AUGCCAAUUAAACCACCACGUGAUACCAUCACACAUCCACCGGAACGGCAAAAACAAAAGCGACAGCACAGGCCAUGGAAACAUACUCUCGUGAGACUGAAGGGAGACGUUAACAAUCCUAUAGUCGGCUUCCUGGGUGGGGUCGAGAGCAUCCCUCUCCCCCAAAAACACAGCCACACCACUCCCCACCAUACGCUGGGAGACCUGGACCCUCACCAGUGCAAGAAGCUCCGAGAGGAAAUGCAGGUGACACAGGUGAUGGCGGAGAACGACGAGGGCAGCUUGGAGACCGUCGCACUCCUGCCGCCUCAGCUUCUAGCGGUGGGGGGCGCACCCCGGGACCCCGCGGACUGUGGCCAUACUCCCCCGAUCCUAGGCGACGGGGGUCACAGUCUGGUAGCAGCCAAAGCGGGGCAGGAGGAGGCCCUGCCACCCGCAGGGGGCCUGGAAGCAGCCACUGCCUCUGUGACAACUGACAGCAGCCCGAAAAAUGGCUUUCAGAGUGAGACGCGCGGCCAUGGUGGGGAGAAGCCCCUAUAAACCUGUGGCGCGCGGAGGUCAGGAUCCGAGGGGAUGGGGGGCCAGGCCCAGGAAGCAAAGACCGAAAGGUGCGCCAUCCUCUCGGGAGCAGGGGAUGCAGAGGAGAGGGCUGAAGUGGAGGAGACGCCAGGAGGGGAAGAAAUGGCAGUGGUGGAGAACAGAGUGGCAGACCAGGUGCAGGACCAGGCGGGGCCCAGGCCCCUGGACGGGGAUCUCCGCAUGAGCCCCCUGGAGGCCGUCCAGCUGGAACUGAACGCUGUGAAUGCUCAGGCUGACAGGGCCUUCCUCCAGCGGGAGCGCUACCUGCAGCAGAGGAGCCACAUCAUUCAGAACAUCCCCAGCUUCUGGGGCACCGCCUUUCGGAACCACCCACAGCUGUACGCCCUGAUUAGGGGCCAAGAUGCAGAGAUGUAAAGGCACAUAACCAAUUUGGAGGUGAAGGAGCUCAGACACCCUAGGAUGGGCUGCAAGUUCAAGUUGUUCUUUACCGGAAACCCAUACUUCAGAAACGAGCUGAUUGUCAAGGAAUGAGGUCAGGUGGUGUCUCUUUCCACUCCAAUUAUAUGGCACCCGGGCCAAGAACCCCAGUCCUUCAUUCGCAGGAACCCAGACGUUGUCUGCAGCUUCUUCUGCUGGUUUUCAGACCACAGCCUUCCAGAAUCUGACAGGAUUGCUGAGAUGAUCAAAGAGGACGUCUGGCCAAAUCCACCGCAAUACUACCUAUUGCAUGAAGGGGCCCAGAGAGCUAUACUUCACCAGAUAAGGGAGCCAGUGGAGAUCCCCAGGCCCUUUGGGUUCCAAUCUGGUUAACUUUUGCCCUUGGGAAUAUUCCCACACAAGGUCCCCUACCACCUCCUGCUGGGCCUGUGCUUUGACAAUAGCAUUGGGUAUGCCUUUUACUUUUUUCCUGCUGAACUUUCUGCACCCUCCCUCCUCUGGACAUUCAGUUCUCUCAACUUCAAGAUUGAGACCUGCAUGGCUAUGCUACUCCACUUCCACAUGAUCUUCAUGCUGCUCUGCAUUAACAUCACCUGCUGCAUGACCAUGGUUCUCACUCUUCUAAACCAAACAGAUGAUGCUGUAGAUUGCUCUGCCUUUAUCUGCACUGCUUGGACCCUGUCUGUUCCCAGGGCCUCUGGUCUGGUUACUACCACCUGGAUUUGUAGCUACGUUUAGGAGCCUAUUUUACCCACUCUGUUCUGCAGGUAGCCUGUGGACAAUUGCUGGACAUUAAUAAAGUCAAGGGACAGCAGCAGUGGAUCAUUUGGUCUAUGUGAUUUAUGCAACUCCGUUUUUCUUCCUGCUCCUCUAGUCACCUAUUGCUGCCUGCAGCUGGCUAUGCCCAUCUGCUUAGGCUGCUGCCUGCUGGAUGAACAUUUUCCAAACCACUGGCAGCUCCACUCUCUGGAUUUUGGUAAAUAAGGAUCUUCAGAACUGGUGGUGGAGCCAGGUUUCCUGUCACCACAUAAAAUACCUUUCUAUUCCUGCCUUAAAAGACCUCAAUUCCUUACCACCACCAUCACUCAGGAACCCUACUGACUGUCAGGCAAAUGGUUGAGGUGACAACUUAGACCCUAUCUGCAUGGCAAGGAUAAUGGUGGUGUCCUUGCCAAGUACCAGGCUUUCUCAGCCUCACAGUGAAUUCAUAUAAAAUUUAGGUACUUUUAUUUGCCUCCCGUCU